CAGUUGCCACUGCUAAGCGUUCGGAUUGUGUGGUGUGUGCCCACCCGUGCGGAGCAGUCAAGCCCCCAAGAGAGGAUCUCGUGAGUGCGUACAAUUGCCAAGGGCAGCGGUAGUGAACAAGUGCGUGUAGCAUCGAGUCGUGAUCACCCGUGAUCCAGAGGGCAAACGGAGUUUCUUUUCUUGUUGCUGAGAAGGAAUAGAAUUGCUGCAAGAGUAUCUCUCUCUCUUUGUGCAGCUCUUGCAAUAUAUUAUCUCUCUUCUGCACCUAUAUAAUUGGAAAAAAAAGAGAAAAAGAAAACCUCCGCUAGACUGACCACAUAUUCAAGCAAGUGCACAAGCACACAGUGAUCGUCCAGAGUGUGAUCACACAAAUCUGAAGCGGUAUCAGUGAAUAAAAAUUGGAAUAAUUAGAGUCAUAAUCAGUGUAACGAUUUUGUGUGCGAAAGUGAAAGUGAAAUAGAGUCAUACAGAGCACAAAGUAUGCCACCAAAGCCACAAGAGAGCAUUCCCGUGAUCGGUGAUCGAUUGCGGGAGGCUCCGUCGGCGUCCACGGCGGAUCACAGGGAAACCGCAGAGCGACAAGCUCAGGGCGAGCGCGGAUAUGUGAACAGAGUGUUCGAGAGCGACGAGAAGUCCUCGGCGCUGGAUUUGCGUCCACCGCAGCAGCUGAAGGCCGAUCCAGACAAAGGCGUCAAGAUCAUCGACUUUGACGACCUGCUUCCGCACAUCGGGGAGUUCGGGCUGUUCCAGAAGAUCCUCUUCCUGUGCAUGAUUCCCUUCGCCUUCUUCGUCGCCUUCGUGUACUUCUCGCAGAUCUUCAUCACCCUCGUGCCAGAGGAGCACUGGUGUCUGGCGCCAGAGCUGAAGCACUUGGAUCUCGACACGAGAUUGCGACUGUCUGUGCCAAAAGUGAAUGCCGAUGACGGCGGCUUCGCGUACAGCAAGUGCCUGAUGUACGAUGUGAACUACACGGAAAUCAUCGAGUCGGGAAUCACAGAGCCCGACCCCAGCUGGCCAGUCACUUCCUGUCGUCAUGGUUGGGAAUAUAACUUCACGGAUAUUCCGUACGAAACUGUAGCGACGCAGUUCGAUUGGGUGUGCGAGAAUGCCGCCCUGCCGACCAUCGCGCAGUCGAUAUUCUUCCUGGGUGCCAUUGCGGGCGGCCUGAUCUUCGGCUGGAUUGCCGAUCGCUUCGGGAGGAUUCCGGCUCUGGUGGGAUGCAACCUGAUGGGCUUCUUCGCUGGCGUCGCCACGGCGUACGUGAGGAGCUUCUGGGAGUUCAGCCUGUGUCGCUUUCUCGUGGGCUUCGCCUUCGACAACUGCUUCACCAUGAUGUACAUUCUCGUGCUGGAGUACGUGGGGCCAAAGUGGCGAACUUUUGUGGCCAACAUGUCCAUUGCCAUAUUCUUCACCAUUGGAUCGUGCUCACUGCCCUGGAUUGCUUACUACCUGGCGGACUGGAAGAUGUUCACAAUUGUAACUUCGGCUCCACUUGGUCUUGCCAUUCUGACGCCACUUAUCGUUCCGGAAUCAGCAAGGUGGUUGGUGUCGCAGGGAAAGAUUGACAAAGCCAUAAAGAUUUUGAGAAAAUUCGAGAAGAUCAACGGAACUGACGUCCCACCGCAAAUAUACAACGAUUUCACGGAGAGUUGUGCCAAAAUCCGCGAAGAGGAGACAGACACUGAGAGCUACUCGGUGUUGGAUCUCUUCCGGACGCCGCGUCUGCGGAAGAUCACCAUCGUUCUGGUGCUGAUCUGGAUGGCGAUUUCGCUCGUGUUCGACGGACAUGUGCGGAAUGUGGGCUCGCUGGGACUGGAUAUCUUCUUCACAUUCACCGUGGCCGCGGCCACGGAAUUCCCUGCCGACACUCUGCUGACCCUGACGCUGGAUCGCUGGGGUCGACGGUGGCUGGCGUGCGGCACGAUGGUGUUCAGCGGAGUGUUCAGUCUGCUGGCCACUGUGGUGCCCAUUGGCGUCUAUUCGGCCACUCUGGCCAUCCUCGGGCGCUUCGCUGUGAACAUUUCCUACAACAUCGGCCUUCAGUAUGCCGCUGAGCUUCUGCCCACGGUGGUGCGCGCUCAAGGCAUCGCUUUCAUCCACAUCAUGGGCUACGUCGCGAGCAUCGUGGCGCCGUUCGUCGUGUACCUGAGCAACAUCACAGUGUCUCUGCCCCUAGUGGUUCUCGGCAUCGUGGGCAUCCUCGGGGGACUGCUGUCCCUCCUGCUUCCCGAGACACUCAAUCAUGAACUGCCGCAGACGCUCGCCGAUGGCGAGGAGUUCGGCAGAGGACAACGCAUCUGGGACUUCCCAUGCUGCAGCAAGAAAAUUGAUGAAGCUGAUAAGCAGAUUGAACACUUCAAGAGAGCCUCCAAUUCGAGUGGCAGGAGGAAAUCUGUGCGCGGAUCGACACGGGGUGAGAUUCGCUCGAGUCUCAUCCAGCGCUCAUCCGUGCGAUCCAGAAUUGCCACGGCGUCCCCGUAGGGCGAAACACAUGACAAGAUAUCUUGAGACGUGCGCUCCUCGCAUGAGGGGCGGUCUGUGUGAUGAUGAGGGCCAGAAUCUAGUCAGUCAUCGCU